CAAUGUCAAAAGGAGGGUGACUCAAGACAGUUCCAACCAUGAAGCAAACUUGUAUUUCCAUUGUUGUUGUGAGAGAGGAUAGGGAGCUUCUGGUAGAAAAGGUUUGCUCAUGGAGUGGAGUAGGUGUUUCAUGCAUAGUUUAGAUUUAGUGAAACGAGAAAUCUGGGUACUAGAAGUAAUGCUCUUCCCCAUGCUACACGCUCUCUUAUUCAAGAUGGCGGCUUUAUGAAGAUGGUCUUCUUAAACAGCUUGUCUCGCAAUAUACAACAGCUGGGAAUCAGCUGAAAUGUAAACAUGACUGACCACGAUCCAGAGAGGGCCAUACUGCAUAUUGUGGUGGUUGGAUUCCAUCAUCAGCGAGGAUCCGAGGUGGAGUUUUUGUAUCCACCGCUGGGAAAGCAAAGAAAUUCUCAAUCUUCAAUACUUCCGAGUGAAUGGAAAUUUCUGCCGUUUUUGGCUUUACCAGAUGGAGCCCAUAACUAUGAGCAAGACACAACUUUCUUCCAUGUACCAAGUCUCAGCACAGCAGACACUAGGCAGAACCCACAGUCAACUAUUUUUGGAAUUUCUUGUUACAAGCAGAUUGAUAGUAAGGACUUAAAAAUUAAAAGUGAGGAUGUGACCAGAAGCACUGUACAGAAGAGUAUUUGUGUCCUGUCCUGCUUGCCACUUUAUGGAUACCUAAGAGAAAAGCUGCAAGUUGCUACCAGACUCUAUUUUGAAGAAAAGGAUUUCUCUCAAACAGGAAUUUUAGAGGAACUAUAUAGAAAUUUAAACAUGACUGUUUCACCAAGUCUGAUAUCAGAAGAAUCUUUACUAUUCAUUGGUUUUUCAGCUGUAGAAUUAGUUAGAAAGUUCAGACAUAGGAUUUUAGCUCUUUUUAAACUGCUUCUCCUUGAAAGAAAGGUCAUCUUUCAUGGAUUUCCAGUUAGUAACAUUUGCUCACAGCUUCUCUCACUUGUUUCUCUCUUUCCAGGAAUGAUUCAGGGUGGUCUGGUGUAUUCAGUCACCAGAGAAAAAAUUUUUCAAGAGGACAAGUCAGAGAGUGAUAUUCAUGUCCAUGAAUAUGAACAGCUAUCAGUGGAUUUAUUUGGAUUUCCUUUAGCAAUCUUUACAAAAAACUCUUUGUUUCAUCCCUAUUUAUCUUUGCAACAAAUGGAACUGUUGAAGAGUUCUCAUGUCAGAAGUUUUGUGGUUGGGGCAUCAAAUUAUUUGUACAAACGGCAAAAAGGAUUAUCAGAUGUUUUGGUGGAUCUGGAGAGUAGUACAAUUGAAAUUCAUGAUCCUGAACUAAACGAACAGUUGUCAUUAUCAACUGCUGACCUGAGGUUUGCAGACUAUCUAAUUCAUCACGUUGAUGAUUAUGCUGAGAAAGGCCAACAAGAAGCAGGCUGGGAUGGUAGUGAUGAGUGGAUCAGAGCCCAGUUCAAAUUGUAUCUUCUGUCAUUGUUAUCAACCAUUCAACACACAGGGGGUGAUGGGAUGGCAAACUACAAUGAGAAGUUCAUAGAGGCCUGGAAACAAACUACAAACUAUCAAGUGUGGAGAGGAAAAGAACACACAGGGAUUGAUGAUGUACAUGCUGGACAUCCUUUUCAAGGACAGAUGGGACUAGCAGACAUUAAAAUCAGACUCUCUAAUGUUAUGCAGACAGAAAGAGGCCGUAGGAUUGGUCAUGCUGUGGUGGAAACUGGCAAAGUCGUAGGUGGGGCUAUUAACAGUGCACGCUCAUUUGUGACAUCAUGGUUGUCUGAAUUGACGCAAUCAUCUUCAGAGGAGACUGGGGAGGGUAAAGCACCAGAAGAGAAAAGUGAAGCAAAAAUUGAUGAAGAAAAGAAUGCAGGGCUACAGGAAUGAUGAAUGGUGCAGCAAUUUAGUGAUUGUACUUGGCUGGUAAUGCAGUCAGUAUGCUGAUAAUGACAAAAAGGUAUCAUCCAAGCUUGUCAUGCAAAGAUGUCGUAGUUAAGGAAUUAAAUCACUUUAAAGACAUUGUCAUCAUACUAUUGUAUUGGGAAAGUAUUUACUACAGGCAGGGUUGAGCAGAAAGGACCCAUUAAACUCUUUUUGUCAGGUAAUUAUUUUUAUUAUAAUUUAUUAUGUAAAUCAACUUAUUAUUAUCAUUAUCAUUAUUAUUAUUUUGCCUACAUUGCAUUUUUCUGUUAAGAGCCUUUCAAUUCUGGGGAAGUUUCCUAAAAUAAAAAAAUAUCUAAAUUUUUAUGAAAAAUAACAAAAUAGCUUGUUAACUUAAUCAGUUAGGCAUCUUUUCACCCAAGCAGCACAAUUUAUAAUAAUUUGCAGAGAAAAGGGGAAUCUCUAGCAGGAAAAUAUUGUGUCAGCUGUGUUAUCUCAUGGAGCAUGUUCAAUUUUAAUUUUCUGGGUAUGGAAACUGCAUUAUAAAUAACUAUGUUAUAAAUGAUUUGGUUUUAUCAACUGAGUUGAUAAUAAAAAAUCUGCUUUGACGAAGGGCUAACGCUCAAAACAUCAGCUUUGAAACUCUUUACGGUGAUCAAUUUACAGUAUCAACUCAGUUGAUAAAACGUAAUUAAUAUACGUUUUAAGUUGUACACGGUGCUUUACUCAAGCGAGCGCCAAAAAAAUAAUUUGAUGAUAUGAUAUCCAAAAAAUGUAUGCAAUUAAACAAAUAUCUUACCCUUGUGACUAAUAUAGUGUGAUGAACUCCUGAGUGAGGAACCAAAACUAUGGGAUAGUAAAAUGAUAGAUACUGAACGAUGCAAUAUGUCCUGUGAUAUGUUAAAUAAUAUUGGUAUGUUGUUAAUGAUACCUUAGGACACUAUAUUGUCGCUGCAAUAAUAGAAGUUACUCACGGAAAUAAAUAGUGUUUUCUCCACCGUGA